AGCUUGGUGGGCGGGAUCAGUUCAAUGCCUUUCGUGGCAUUGUGCUCUUCUUAUGCCCUCUCUCCUCCUCCACUCCGCCAUUGGAGGAUCGACCGGCCUGUUUUCCAGGUUUCCGCUCCGCAUAUGGUGGAAUUUCCGUUUCCUGAUCUAAAAUCGCUGGUUUCUGUUCUAUUUUCGAUGGUUUCUGCCGAUUGUGCGGUUAGCUUCUUAAUACUUCUCAAAGAAGCUAAAAGUUGGAAUUUUCCUCGCCCGCCUUUUCUCGAUUCUUUGACGUUGCCCACUUAUUUUGCUAGGGUAUCGGUGGUAUGGUUUCCAAUAGUCAUUUGCAGGUGUUAUUCUUUGUUCAUUUCUAAUUUUUCCGAUCCGACUCCUUGGUGAUAUGCAUCUAUUAUUUGAGUUAGCUCAGGUGCUUUAUUUUUGAGAAGCUACUUGGGUUUGAAGGGUACGUCCUUUCGUUGGAGAGAGUUUAUGAGUCGAAGAGACGGAGGUGGCAUCUCUCCACUAGAUUCGCCUUGAUAUGGUCGUUUUAAGUCGACAAAGAGCAAUUUUCCCGUGAAAUCUGUAACUAUGGCUUCAUCUUCUUCUCAAUCCCCAGCUACAGUAGCCUCAAAAUCUGUUAUUGGGGUCAAUGUAUCCACCGAUGCUGGGCAGUUCAGCCAGGACAUUAGUACAAUUCGAGAUUUUCCUACACGAAUUAUUAGCCACAGACGUUCUUGGUCGGAGAUUCUUGGCCUCUCAGAUGAUUUCAGGCUUUACAGUGACCAUGGGGUUGUUGACUGCAUGGAUGGUCCAUCAAAUUUUCAUGUUACUGAAGAUGAUCUCUUUCUAAUGUACAUUGAUCUUGGAAACGUUGACGCAUAUUCUGGAACUUCAGGGGAGGCCUCACAAUUGGGUGAUACUUCAGGCGCUGCAUCACUUAAUGUCCCUUCACAACAGACAGAGAACCUGGCAUCAAGUUUGAUUGAUAAACUGAAGUUUAGGGAUGUGCAUAGUUACUCUUUGGAGGGUUCCACUUCAGCAAAAUCACAGCUAUUGGCAACUGGGUUGGAGAUUGCAUCACAUAAAGAAACAUGGAAAGCCAUUUUAGCUGCAAAGCUUGCUGAUCUUGCCCUCAUAGAUCCACAGCGAGCUAAAAAAAUAUGGGCAAACUUUCAAUCUGCUGCUAGAUGGAAGGAAAGUAUGACUCGCCAAGUGGCAGAUCUUGCACGAGAUAUACCCGCACGGGCAGCUCAGUUGGAUGCAGUGAUGAGGAACAACGAUGCGUUGCGUGCUGAAAACGAUGAUUUGAAGCUGCGUUUACAAGCCAUUGAACAGCGGAUCAACCUACUGAAUGAACAAAAUGUUACAAUGCUCAAUGAGGUGCUGCGAUUGACUUUAGUUGCUGGAGAGAUGUAUCCCAAUGCGUCAAGGCUUUAAGGGCAAUUUUAUCAAGGAUGUUGAUCAAAUACAAUUGGUAUGUUCCUGCGUUAGAGAGACAUUUUAGUUUAAGCAAUGCUUUGAGAAUAAAUAUACGAGGAAACAAUAGCGGUCUGUUCUUCUUUAUUAUUACCAUGCUGGGUUAAAUCUUUUGGGAAAGCUUUUUUUUUUCCUCUUAUUUUUGGUGGUUUCCUCUACCUUGUCAGAUUUGAAGUGCAUAUUCAAAUAUUAUAUCUCUAAAA